CGUGGCAUGCAAUGUUAAUGUGUGCAAGUUAUCUUAUCCGUUGUUACUUGAGAAGUUACAUUUCAAUUACGCAGUAUGAUUGUUACACUAAGAAGUGAAGUUGCAGCUCUUAAAUAUGUUUUAUCUGCUGACAUUAUUCAUUUGGACAAUAAUAUAAUGUACGUUAUAUAACAGGAGGGAAAACUUGAGAGCUUUAGAGCUUGCGUCGGAACAUGGAGAUUAGAAACAAGGAUGGCGUAACAUUAUUCCGCGGCUGACCUCUGGCUACAUCUUGAACAAUGAGUCAGGACAUAGACUGCUCUUGUGAAGCUCGUUUUGUUGGACGCCAAGAUGAGUUACGUGAUCUUCAAUCGUCAUGGAGCACAAAAAAAAUGUUCGGAAUAUUUGGCAUGCGAUCAGUUGGUACAUCACGAUUAGCAAAGGAGUUUCUGGCUAGUGUUUCAGAGAGUCUCGACAAAGUCAUUUAUAUUGAUUUGGAAGCUACGAGCGAUAUAACAACAAUGUUUACCAACAUGUGUGCACGUCUUGGUAUACCUACUGGCUCACAUUCAGGCGAACCAAUUUUUUGGGAAAAUAAAAUGUUUGAAGAGCUAACUACUAACAAAACGAAAUACGUUUUCUUUUUUGACAAUGCGGAGCAUUUUCUUGACCUUGAAUCACAAACACGGGACCUCAUUCAAAAUCUGUUUAUAAACCUUCUUAGCCUAGACAAUGUUCAUGUCAUUCUCACAUCGACGACUAAAUUUCAACUGGCCAGUAUGUGGCGAAUAUACCACAUUUGUGAAGUCCGGCCUUUGAAUCUUUCUGAAUCUGCCGAAUUGAUUAUGUCCGAAGCGAAAGGUGUAGACUUUGCAGAAUACAUCGACCCACUUGUAGAGUUAAGUGAAGGUUUGCCCCUAUUAAUCCUAAUGAUUGCAUCGGAGCUGCGCGAUAGCAGUGGUAUGCUGACACCAAAAGACAUGGUAGAGUUCCUAGCAACGGCCAGAUUGAAGGUUCUUAGUCCAGAGUCGUACCCCAAAACGGACGGAGUGGGUAACGUGUACCACACUUUUAUCGAGCGUCUGGCCUUCGUCUUGAAAGAGAAAUACACAAUCCUUAACUUCAUCCCGGGUUCAUUUAAUGCCGAGGAGGCGCGGUCGAUGCUGGAUGCUCCGACACAGGCGACUGUCAAACACCAGGUUCUUGUACCAAAGAUAAACCGUCACUUUUUGAAUUACGACCCUGCACAGCAAAGGUUUAACAUACAAGGGAUUCUUAGAGAAUGUUUGACUACAUUCUAUGUAAUUCGAAAUCUUCCAGAGAUAAGAAGGAGAUACUGUCAAACGUUUUCUAUAGUUCUGACGGACAUAUCACGACGUUUCCAUUCCCAUGAAUAUGCCAGCGCUCUUUCAGAGUUCGCUGUGGAGCAACCUAAUCUUCAGAAGUUGUUGGCUGAAAUACAUCAUACAACUCAGGACACGUAUGCCUUCUUCAUUCAGAUGGCCACUGAGUGCACAUCAUUUAUUGAGAAAUAUAUGGCUGGUAACUGUGAAGACUUUUACGGUGAAUGCAAGCGCGCUGCCUCUCGAUACGGCAAAGAAACCGACGUUGCUCUUGUGAACGUGGCUGUUGGAAGUAUCUUCACAAAUGUUAAGGGCGAUCUUCGGGAGGGAUUACGGAUCUAUAAAGACGCCUUAAAAGUAUUGGAGGGAACUGGAAAAUCAAAAGCACUUGCCACCGUGUACCAGGGUAUUGGGUAUAACUUGAUGAUGCAGGAUUAUUAUGUCACAGCCUUAAGUUACUUGAAAAAGUCAUACUGUAUAUCAAGUUCUUCUGGAAAGGACUUCCAAGCUCUUGUUUUGCAGUCUUUAAACAGCAUGGGCAUAACUUUAGUAUGGCUUGGCCGAUUUGAGCAAUCUGAAAAGAUUCUUCUUAAAUCUCUCGAAACGACUAAAAAAGCACACGGACCAUUUCAUCCUGGCGUUGGUGUAGUCCUUAAUAACCUAGGUUUAAUGUAUCACCAAAAAGGAGAUGCUGAAAUGGCUUUUAAAUAUUUUCAAGAAGGUCUACGUAUUAAAAAGCAAACAAAAACAACACAUCAGUCUUUAAUUGCAUCUCUUACUAAUGUGGCUAUACAAUACCUAAAUUUGAAUAAAACGAACAAAGCAGAGCAAUUGCUGAAUGAAGCUCAUAAUAUACUCUACAACGAGAAUGUAAAAGACGCUGGCACAAUCUCGUAUGUCAAUAAUACACUUGGGAGAAUGUAUAUAAAAGUAAGCAAUUUAGACAAAGCGGAAGAGAUGUUUACAAAAGCGUUGGAAGUUCGUGCUGAAACAGCCACUGGUCAAUAUACUCACGUUCAAAGUCUUGUUCAUUUGAUGGAAGUAGCCUUAGAGAAAGGCCAGUAUAGAAAGUGCAUUGAGCUCGGGAAUUCUGUUGAAACCUUUCGAAAUGACAUGAUCACAAAACGCCCAAGGCUUCCACAGCUUCAGGAAUGUUAUGGGUAUCGUAAAAGGGCAUACGAAUAUUUGGAUGAUAGUGAUGGAGCAAACCAAGCAUUGGAAAAUAAGUUACUUGAACUUUCGCGGUUGUACGAUGUUUAUCGCGGCGAUCGAAAUCAGACGAAGGCCAAAGAAAUAUUGGCAAAGAUACGGGAAACAAAACUGGGCAGGGACUGUUCUGCAUAGAAAACUGAGUAACUUAUAGCAAAAUAAUGACAACAUAAAAAUAGCUUACUUGGUUUGCAAGUAAGUCUAUGUUUAUCCAAUUAUCUACAAUCUAUGUUUAUUAAUAUGAUUUGGGUGUGUAGUUAAUAUGUUUGGUUUGACAAUAUCAGUUAAUUCAUCCCAUAUUUUAAGCUAUUGUAUUUGUAUAUCUUAUACAAACUGUGAUUCUGUCAGCUAAAAGAUUAUUUCAAACCAAUUUAAUUUCAUUAAUAUUACUUUAAUCGAGCUAAUUGAUUGGCAGGAAUUCAACUAUUCGCCGAGUAAUUACAAAUAACUAGUAAGUAGCAUUUAACAAAUCGAAUUUUGUUGAUACUGUUGAAAGUUCGACAAAGUAUAGAUACUAUAAGCAAAUACCUAAAAAUGUUCAUUUAAGAGUUUCCCUUAAAUCAACAGAGUCACUUAUAUCCAAUGUGACUAACAAGAAAGGCUGUGGUGGUUCGGUUGCUCAAAACUUUAACUUCCGUUAGGUUAACCCACGUUUAAGUAUACACAUAAACAAUAUUAAAAACAUAAUUAAUAUGAUAACCAAACAAAAAAACUUGAUUGAGGAUAGCUGAUUGUUAACAAAAAAGCGCACAUAUUUAAGGUUAACCAGAAUAAUUUGAUCCGCUUCGGAAGAUAUCAACUCGGCCCGCACUAGCUAACAUAUGUAAUUGCAGUUAAUGGCAACUGCAUAUAAAAAAUGAUGCAGAAAGCAAUGUAUUAUACACAUAUUAGAUCUUAUCUAUUUUUUAAUUUAUAACUACUGUUUAGUAAUUUUGCAGACUUAAAUAUAUUUCUUUAAAUGAACAUACGUUUACUAAAUUAACUGUCUUUAAUGUUUACCCUCACCAAGCGAUAUUUUGUUAAUGGACUGUAAGGCAUUUGACAGUGUAUCCACGUUUAAUCAGCAAAACAAUAAUAAGAUAACUUUUUAUUUAAAUCUGAACAGUUCUUUCACAUUAUUAAGAUUAUUACAAUUAGUUAGAAAUGCACGUUGAACCAUACAUUUGAGACAUACAAUAUCAAGUUGGUAUUAUUAACUUAAAUAAUAAAAUAAAAACGAAAUAACCCUAAAUAAAUAACAUGUCCCUAAUAUAUAAUUGCACCGGAGUACUUCUACACGUAGAUUUGCUGACGGGUGUGAUAACAAUUCAUUUGGGUCGUACUCUGUGAAAAAGGGGUGUAAUGCAUGUGCGUAAAGUUUCGCCCCAGAUUAACAUGUACACAGGCUAAUCAGGGACGACACUUUCCGCCUAAACUUGAUAUUUGCUAAGACGAGACUUUCUUUAAACGAAAAAUAUCAAAAAUGCAGAGAGUGUCGUCCCUGAUUAGCCUGUGCGGCACAUGCUUAUCUGGGACGACACUUUACGCACAUGUAUUUAACCCCCCGUUCACAGAGAACGACCCAUUAAAAAAAAUAUAGUUUAUAAUCUUGAGCUAAACAGUCUCAGGCGAAAUGCACUUUUAAGUUGAUUCAGCAAGAUUUUUAACCGCUGUAAUUCACAAGCACACUUUAUAUCUAGAAGAUAAUAAUACAUUGUUAAUGAAAAUCGAACACGGGCUUUAGUUCAGAUUAUUUGACUUGCGAUCAUAUAUUCACAUUAAAUAUGCUUGUUCUAAGUGUAAAGGCUACUAAAUAAAAAGUAUUUUAUUACAUUUCACGAUACAUAAAAGUGUGUAUUUUAAUAUUAAAUCAGUUUUAUGUUUUUCA